GUUAUUUUUAAAUAUUUAUUUCCUUAUCAUUAGCAAAAAACAUGGUAAAAAUGUUUUGCACCUUAGGAGAGCAGAACAAUCUUAUUUGCAUUCAACUGAGUAGUUUGAGUUUAUAUGAAAAAGGUGAGCGAAAAUUGUUGAAUUUUGUAGGUAGUUUUUGUUUCAACCAUUACAGCUGUAUUUUAAAAUCUUUAUAGAGAUUUUAUCUUAACUAAAAUGUAAUAUUAUUCAACCUAUUUUUACUUUAAAAUAAGAAUUAAUGUCGAAUACUUACUAAAAAUUUUAUUGUACAGUAAUUUCAAUUAGGAACUUUUAAAAGCGCGCAAUUUGGCGGGAACUUGUGAAGGGCCUGGGGAAGACAACUAAUAUCAUGGCGGAUAUAAAUACUAUCGAUGAAAAUGUCCCCGAAAGUUAGUGAAUUUCGUCCAUUUCUUUCGCACUUUUGAGUCGUAUUUGAUUUAAGGUUGUAAUAUCUGCAUCUAUGUUUUUUAUGUACCCUUGAUUUUUGUUUUGUGUUCAAUUAGAUUGCCCGGGUGUUCAGAGUGAAGGGGCUGGCAAAAGUAGUGCCUGUGCAGGCUGUCCUAAUCAGACGCUUUGUGCUUCUGGGAAAGCCAGUGGGCCCGAUCCAGGUACCGUACUAUACUAUGGUGUACCUUGAUGUACCAUGGACAUAGUGUAAUAUACCACACCAUACUGCACCAUGAUACCAUACUGUACCUUACCAUAUAUACUGUAACAUACCACGCUGUACCUUACCUUACUAUACCAUACUUUACCAAUUACCAUAAUAUAAUGUACCUACCGUAUCAAGUCAAAAUAACCCGCUGGUGAUUGGUUUGGCUUAAUUUGAAAACAUUAAAAAUAUGCCAAAGCAGCCUCGAUUUGCCUGUUCGUGCUGUAGUAUUAAGCUACAGUUUGCAUUUUGUCUUGUUACCGGCAGCUUUUGCAAAAUUUGAUGUUUUUUUCCCUAUUUUCACCUAUUAAAAUCACGAAAAUAAAGUCUCAAGAACUAUUGCCAUGACAAAAUCGAGAAAUUAAGUACAUGAGAAAUUAAGUACAAAUAAGGCACUCAGUAUUACUGACCAAACUGUACCAUGCCACUACACAAUAUUAUAUUAUACCAUACCACAGUCUAUUGUGUUAUAGUCCAUACAACACCAUGUGCACCAUUCAUAGUGACUCCAACAUAUUGCUAUGUAAGCCCACAAAGACUUUUUAUCAUUCCAGCUCUUCCAGAGAUCAAGAAACGCCUUGCGUCUGUAAAACACAAAAUACUAAUUCUCUCUGGAAAGGGUGGUGUAGGAAAGUCGACCUUAACUGCCCACUUGGGUCAUGGCCUGGCUGAAAAUGAAGAUAUACAAGUAUAAUUUUUAUACUGAAUUAUAGUUAAAGCACAAGACUUUCCUCUGAUGAUUGUCUUGCAUAACACAGUAAAAUAUCUGGUGUUAGACAGAGUCAAAUAAUAAAUAACUUUAUUAUUUGACUCUGUGUUUAUUAUUUGUUGCAGUUUAAUGGGUUAACAAGACACAUUGGUACAUCAUUUGGUUAACCCAUUACUUAAAGUGCAAGACUCUCCCCUUGAUGAGUAAAAUCAUCUGGCAUUAGACAGAGUAAAAUAAUCUGGUGUUUGAUGCAGUAAAAUAAUAAAUUAAGUAGGGCACAUUUGGUUGAAUUACAGCUCAAUGGGUUUUAUUUCAAUAAAAUAUUUUCAGAAAAAAUAAAAUUUAGAUUACUGUUUCUAGGUUGGUGUUUUGGACAUUGAUAUUUGUGGACCCUCGAUUCCUAGGGUUAUGGGUUUGGAUGGUGAACAGGUUGGACUUUUAUAUAAAACCUUAAUUUAUAUAUCCCCUAUUUACUUCUUUUUUACUGGCAUACAUUUAAUUAAGCUGACAGGUAAAGUACUGAUGUUAAUUACUUUUUUCCCAAUCAGGUUCAUCAAAGUGGUUCAGGCUGGUCCCCUGUGGUAUGUACACAUUUGCAUAUUUCUCCAGUGUUUCAUGACAUAUUAACCCAUUAAAGAGCAAUCUUGCCUUGACAAAUAAAAACAUCUGAUGUUAGACAGAGUAAAAUAUUAAACUAAACAUAAUCUACAAAAUAUGUUGUUGACCCUGACUGUACAUGCAAGGCUAAUGACCUGGUCAUAUUUUGUAAGUUUGUAGAAGAUAACCUUGCAGUAAUGUCUGUUGGAUUUCUUUUGGGCAGUCCAGAUGAUGCUGUUAUUUGGAGAGGACCAAAGAAAAAUGGUAUAUUAAGUCAAAUACAGUAGAUAAAGAAUGGAAUGCAAUUGUAUUAACAAUUGUAUUAACAAUGUUGUAACCCCAUGAAAAAGGGCAUUCAUUCAAAGCAAUGAUUUUUUUUUCUGGAACAAUUCACACCACCCCAUGUAAGACAAUAACCUAUAUUAUUAUAUGGCUUUUCAAAAUUCUCUAUUCUGAUUGGUUGACAAGCGGUCCGUAAAAACCCAUAUCCGGACCGUGGUCCGUAUUUUCCGUAUCAGGACCGGUGUCCCGGAUGUCAUUUAUCUGGCGGGAAAUUUUUGCGUUGCAAACAGAAAAAAAUUUUGCUUUUUAAUUUUCCAAUUGUGUGUCAUUAAAAUUUACAGAUGAAAAUUUCAAACAACCAAAUUGUUUUUGAUUGAGCAUGCAUGCCUACCGUAUAUUGUUACCCAGUGAAACUGAUGAUAGCCGAUUUAAUUUGCGUGAAAAGCAUAUGCUAGCUCACAGACUCAGUUCAGCCAUAUAAUAAACCGAUUAUUGACCUCGCUUGUUCGGUCUGUACUGUGAAAUAUCAGACCUCUGUUUUUUGCAUGGACCUCGCUCCUUUGUCGCUCGGUCCAUACUAAAAAACCUCAGUCUGAUAUUUCACGCUGACCUGAUAUUUCAGUACAGAUCUCACACUCGGUCAAUAAGCCGUUAUUAUGGUUUACAGUUGUGUCUGUGAAUGGUUUGAAAUUACAUGCCCUUCAUAAAUCUAUCUUUGUGUUUAGGUUUAAUAAAGCAGUUUCUACGAGAUGUUGAUUGGGGUGUUAUAGACUAUCUGCUGGUAGACACACCUCCUGGAACUUCGGAUGAACAUUUAUCAAUCGUACAAUACUUGAAGACUGUCGGUAUAACUGGAGCAGUCGUUAUAACUACCCCGCAAGUAUGUGUAGAUGAUGGUGAUGAUAAUGGUGGAACCGAUGCUGGUGGUAAUGGUAACGAUGGUGAUGGUGACGUUCAUGGUGGUAGUGUAGAUGGUGGUAAUGAUUUUGGUGAAGAUGUUGGUUGUUGUGAUGGUGGUGAAGUUGUGAUGUGUUGAUGAUGGUAAAGGUGACAACAAUGGUGAUGAUUGAAAAUACAAAGUGGACAAUAUACCUGAUGAUUCUUGCAGUUUUUCGCCUUUGCUUCAUCUCUGCCUAUAUUGUAAUCGGCUCUGCCUCUGAGCAGUUUUCUACACUUAAUCUUUUAGGAAGUCUCAUUGCUGGAUGUUCGAAAAGAAAUAAAUUUUUGUAAAAAAGUUAAAGUUCCCAUAAUUGGAGUAGUAGAGAACAUGAGUGGUUUUGUCUGUCCAAAAUGCAAGGUACCAGUAUUUGCUUUAGUAAAUUUAUGUGUGUUGGGCAUUUAUGCCUUUUGACUUUUGAGUGAAUUCACAUUUUCAAAUAACUUAAAUGGGAAAUGCAUUUGGUAAUUUUUGAGUGAUAAGCUCAAAUUUUUCCCCCUCAGAAUACAUCGCAGAUAUUCCCUGCUACGACUGGUGGUGCUGAACAGUUGGCUACAGAUAUGGAGAUACCAUUCUUAGGAAAACUACCAUUAGAUCCCAGGAUAGGUAUGCCACACAAUGUGAUACCUUACCUUAAUUAAUUACCAUACUUUAUACAGUACGUACCAUGUGGAUACCAUACCACAUUUUUCAUGUGAUAGAUGGUACCAACAAAAACAGUUAACAAAAUAAUGACAGAAACAAGAUUGUGAAUAUGAAAUCAUCUCGUGUUUAGGAAAAUGCUGUGAUGAGGGCAAAUCAUUUUUAACACAAGUACCAGACUCGCCUGCUGCCAAAUGCUAUAAAGAAAUUAUACAAAGUAAGUAAAACAAACCAGCUAGAACACUAUAUGUUUAUACACAUGCAGAUUUAGCACAAAAAUACAAAAAUCUGAACCUAUGCAUUCUUACAAUGUAAUUGAGGAACAGUUUCUAGUACCAUAAUUUUUUUUUAUUUCAUAGAAAUUGUGGAUUACUGUUCGUCGCACGAAAACGGAAUUGCGUGAUUUGUGAGAAUAUUCGGGGCGAUACUUAAGUGAAAACUUGGAGAGAAUGCGAAAACCUAAAGCCAAACGGUUCGGCUCUUUGCAGUUUCACUAAACGAGACCGUCAUGAAAUAAUUGGAUUUAAAACUACUAGUAGUAGAAUGUAGAGUCACAAUGACAUAUACUUCAUGAUAAACUUCAUUUAAAAACCUAACAAUAAUCAAUAUAUUUCAAAAUAUAAUUUCAUUAACACAUUGAAUAAUUUGAUUGAUUAUAUUAUAUUGACAUUAUUGUCCGAUGAGUCACCAGAUUUAUUUAAAUAAAUACUUUUCCCAAG